GUGAGUCGCAGGCACACAGUUCAACCAAUAUUCUGAUUCCUUCCACAACCAAGAUGAUGCUAGUUCAGACUUCUCGCCCUGAGACAGAUGAAAAUCUGAGCACAAGUUCAUCUUCUUGUGCAAGCACCCUGAUAGUUGACAGAAGCCCUCAAAGUGAAUAUGGAGAACCCAUUGAGGAUGUAGCACAGAGUGACAGAAGGUCCUGGCAGCCAUGUCAGAGGUGUGGUCCAGAGUUGAGAAAACUUGAAAAAGAGAAGAAGAGGAUGGAGGACAUUCUCUGCAGCAUAAAGCCAGAAGACAUCAGAGUGGCUCGAGGAUUUCUUAAAAAUGUUGCUCUGUACCAGGAGAGCCCUGCAGCCUUGAUCCACCCGUCACAGAAGGCUCUUCAGGAGCUCUUUCCCAAUAGUGGCCUGUUCCUGUCAUCCUUCAAGCUUGCCUCCAUAAUGCACCAAUGUGACCAUGACAGCCUUCGACUUUUCCAUCUCCUUUAUGAACACUUCUUCACCGCAGAGGAGUGCACCAAUGCAGUGGCUUUCGGACGACAUGGCAAGAUACCAGAGGGGAAGCAGCUGCUUGACCAAAGCAAAGUUGAUGGAAUUCUGACCUAUGUGAGGCGGUGCGCAACGAUGGAGAACUGGAAACCAGUAGAGGAGGCCAAGCUUAAAAAGGCCCUCAUAAAUAAAUGCCGUCACAGGUCAGUACAGUGACUGGCUUUACAGGCAUAAUGUUUA